AUGUCCUCCUCCGGCUCCAAGGGCCAUGAUGAUUGUCCAGAGCUCGAGGCACAGUUUUUCUACAGCUCGCCACUUCCUAUCGACGAUCCGCUCUCUGUCGUACCGACUCCAAAUGGGUCCGAAUCCAAAUCGGUCAAGCACCCUCUCCGGCCCUUCUCGGCAUACGACAAUGAUUCUCUCGAAGAGGCAUGGCGAGGUUUUGCGUCAGGGAAGGACAAUAAACAUCAGAAGAAGCUCAAUGAUUCAACAGAUGGCAAGUUGUUGAAAUUAAGAGAAAACACAUCUACCGGACAAGCUUCACAAUACGUUAUAGAUCCGCAAUCCUCAAAGGGUUCCACGCCGCAGAAAGCUUCACAGUCUGUACAAGAUCCAAAGAGCAGAAAACAUCCACAUGCCUCGACGGGAUCGGAGCAGGAGCCAGCCUCAAAAGCUGUACGAGGUUCACAGAGCAUAACCAAAUCAUACGGGUCAACAGUAUUGUCAAGGGGGGCCUUCGGAGACUCUGAUGCCGUAAAGGGUUCACCGGACGGGACAAAUCCGCAUUCGGAAGUUGAUGAAGACCGAGAGCAAAGCGACAAGUCUAUAGGUGACAUUGUCAAUAAAGAUAAAUAUGGCGCGAAUAAAAAGCACGCAAGGCUAUCCCAAGGUGAUGGUGCAGAUGAGCGCUUACCCAAGGAGCACCUGAAGGCUUCAAGUGAGUCACAAACAUCUGGACAUCGAGCGUUUCGCAAAUAUGAACCUUUAAAAGGCCAUGAAGAUUUCGAGAAGCAUCUGAAGAUUGAGCAUGGCCGUGACCAUUCAGAUCCUCACGGCUCAGAAUCUUCUUCCAUGACACCGAAGUUAUAUUUGCCUCCAGGCUCCCUCGAUGGAGAAGAUGAUGUCGGUAUAUCAGGGAAACCGUUUGUGAAGUUGCCUUCCCGUAGAUCAAGCCCCCAAAGACAGCCGUUGCGAUUUUCUAACCACGACGAUGCGGAGAGUCAAAUGCCAGUUGCAGAGUCCGCUGGCAAGUAUCCAAGCGACUUACUCGAUACUGAUGGGCCUGCUUAUGGAGAAACGGAAGAUAUGCAUGUUCACGAUUGCAAAGCGCACAAAAACACCAAAAAACAUGCAGAUGUUCCCGUGGGCAUAUCUCGUCUUCAUCUCGUCAAACUGCCUGCUUUACAUAUGCAGCCUAUAUAUUGGUCUCCUGUCCACGACGAAGCAAGCGUAACUCGUGGCACAUGGUUCUAUAAGAACACAAUGUUACCAGUUGAGCCGGCUGUUGCCAACCAGCUCGAGUCGGGUUAUAGGGAGCUUGGGUGCUGGUCUGAAACAUGGAACGAUGAGCUUAGGAGCGCGAUGGAAGUUGGAGCCGCUGGGGAGGAAAAGAUUGCUCAUCGCUUAUGGCCAAAAGAAACCGAUGCGAGAACUAGUUCGCGCAAAUCCAUGUAUCCUCACCUUUCAACUAAUCCUUACUGUGCUGCGAUAUGUUUUCAUGGAGAAGCUGCUGCUGAAGGCUCAAUUGUCCCUGGCGAGAAGUCGUCAGAGUCGAAAGUGCUAGCCAAGAAGUACAGUAAUGCCCAAGUCAUAUACAAGGAUGCACAGAAUGCUUUCAUCCUCAAGCCAAAUCUCCAGCCUUCUGCUUAUUAUGGUCGAAAACCAUUGCAAAAGAUAAUGAAGGGGGCAACCGUCGGGAUCCAUGUCGUCCGUGGAUUCGACUGGAAGAGCUGGGAGAAGAUUCAUCCUUCCAAGAAGACAGACGCAGUGACGAAGGUAGAAGAAAAUGCUCCAGUUGCCGGUGAUGCAGAUGCUGCGAGUUCGAACUUUUGCCCAGCAUGUCGAUCACAAGAGAAGCAACCCAAAGUCACUGAUCUCUGUCUUGUCGUUCAUGGAAUAGGCCAGAAGCUUUCAGAACGCAUGGAGAGCUUUCACUUCACUCAUGCUAUGAAUGCAUUCCGCCGAAGUGUUACAGCUGAGCGUGGCAAUGAUGCUGUCAAGAACGUACUCCGCAAAAGUCUAGGUGGAAUCAUGGUACUGCCAGUCAAUUGGCGGUCCAACCUUUCUUUUGAAGGGGAAGAUCCUGUCAAAGAUGACGGUGAAGACCGCCACCAAUCUGAUUUCUCUCUGAACGACAUCACACAGCCUACUAUCCCAGCAGUUCGAACUCUUAUAUCCGACGUGAUGCUAGAUAUCCCAUACUACUUGUCGCGUCACAAAUCAAAGAUGAUACAGGCUGUCAUAUCUGAAGCCAAUCGAGUUUAUCGAUUAUGGUGCAAGAAUAAUCCAGACUUCCAACGGGGAGGCCGAGUGCAUAUCAUUGCUCAUUCGCUCGGGAGUGUUAUGGCAGUCGAGAUCCUAAGCAAGCAGCCAACCUCAGUCCCGAAGGUUGACGUCCAUAGCAGGAGAAUCGACGUGAAGCAUUUCGAUUUCAAUACCACAAACCUGUUCUGUGCAGGGAGUCCGGCCGGAUUUUUCUUUUACCUGGAGAAAGCCAAGUUAUUACCACGCAGAGGUCAAGGUAAACCCGAUGCUGAGCACCGAGACGAACUGGAUAAGAAAAUUACCGGGGAAUCUGGCACUUUUGGCUGUAUGGCAGUCGACAAUGUCUACAAUAUCAUGCACUACAAUGAUCCUAUUGCCUACCGCCUCAAUGCCACUGUUGACGCACAGUACGCCUCCAGCCUAAGGAAUGCCCAGGUUCCGAGUGCAACAACCGGCUUCUUCGAGAGCAUUGGCCAUGCUAUGAGGUCAAUGAUUCCUGGUGUUUCUGCAUCGGCGGACACCUGUGUUGGUGAAGUCUCAAGGCCUGGAAACAUUGCUCGUCUUCCGUCUCAGUUGGAGCUAGAGGUCCAUGAUUUCACACGCGAGGAGAUCGCAGAGAAGAAGUUUUGUCUCUUGAAUGACAAUGGCCAAGUGGAUUGGUGUCUUAGCUCUGGUGGCGGACCUCUCGAGAUUCAGUACAUCAAUAUGCUUGGGGCGCAUAGCAGUUAUUGGAUCAGUCCUGGUUUUGUGAGGAUGAUCGUUACGGAAGUUGGAAGAGAGCCAGGUAGAAGCUCGACUCUUCCCAAUAUGAGGGCUACGAAGGUUGGCCAUAAAGCAUAA